GGAGGCUGGGCACCAAUUAAGAGCUCUGUCAUGGGGAAUUGCUGGUAGCAGAAGAGAUUUUUAUUUGAUUGAAGGAAGUAUCCAUCCGCUGUCCAGUACAUUCAUGGAUUCCUCACUCUCACUAGACAAUGUUUGACCAGGAAGAACAGGGAACGAGAAGGAGCCGCUGGAUGGUGACGAGCCUUGGAAAGGGAGGCUGGGCGAGCAGAGACAGAAGAGAAACACCUACCUGCUGUCACCUCACAAACACCCAGGCUGAGUUUUGAUAAGACAGGUUGAAUCACACUGGGGUGACAGCCUCAUCCCUCCAGGUACAAACAAGAACAGGCCAUAGUUAACCAAAGCUCCACACCGGGCUUCCUCCUUCUGGGCUUCUCUGAACACCCAGCACUGGAAACGACUCUCUUUGUGGUUGUCUUUACUUCCUACCUCCUAACCCUAGUGGGCAACACACUCAUCAUCCUGCUGUCUGUGCUGGACACCAGGCUCCACUCUCCAAUGUACUUUUUCCUCUCCAAUCUCUCCUUCUUGGACCUCUGUUUCACCACGAGUUGUGUCCCCCAGAUGCUGGUCAACCUCUGGGGCCCAAAGAAGACCAUCAGCUUCCUGGGCUGCUCUGUCCAGCUCUUCAUCUUCCUGUCCCUGGGGACCACUGAGUGCAUCCUCUUGACAGUGAUGGCUUUUGAUCGCUACGUGGCUGUCUGCCAGCCCCUCCACUACGCCACCAUCAUCCACCCCCGCCUGUGCUGGCAGCUGGCAUCUGUGGCCUGGGUCAUUGGGCUAGUGGAGUCAGUGGUCCAGACACCAUCCACCCUGAGCCUGCCCUUCUGCCCCCAUCGGCAGGUGGAUGAUUUUGUCUGUGAGGUCCCAGCUCUAAUUCGACUCUCCUGUGGGGACACCUCCUACAAUGAGAUCCAGAUGGCUGUUGCCAGUGUCUUCAUCUUGGUUGUGCCUCUCAGCCUCAUCCUUGUCUCUUACGGAGCCAUUACCCGGGCAGUGCUGAGGAUUAACUCUGCAAAAGGGCAGAGGAAAGCUUCUGGGACCUGCUCCUCCCAUCUCACUGUGGUCACCCUGUUCUACAGCUCAGUCAUCGCUGUCUACCUCCAGCCCAAAAAUCCCUAUGCCCAAGAAAGGGGCAAGUUCUUUGGUCUCUUCUAUGCAGUGAGCACUCCUUCACUUAACCCUCUCAUAUACACCCUGAGGAACAAGGAGGUAACCAGGGCAUUCAGGAGAUUGCUGGGGAAGGAAAUGCGGCUCACACAAAGCUGAGGGAGAGCUGCUUAAUGUGCUUUAAAAGAGAGGAGAUUCUAUGUGCUUUUAUCAGAAAGUUUGAGUUCCCUGCCCCUCUGCCUUCCUCACACCCAUUACACUGUGGGAAUGGAUGAAAGCCACAUGUCUGUGUGUGUGCAUGUAUUUGUGCAAGAGACAGCGUCUGAAAUGUAGUAAAGGGAGGUAUCUUUACGCGAAAAAUUAUAGGCAUCAAGUAUAAUAUUUUAUAUUUUUUUCUAUUUUAAGUCUUCGCCUCCAUAGUCAUGUUCCUACUUUUAUCACUUCCAUUUUUAAUUCCCCUCCCUUGCCAUAUCCCCACUAUUCCGUCACCUCCAAUUCUAAUUCCUACCAUAUCUUCUUUGCUUCUCCCUCAUGUUUUUCCCACUUUGCUAUACGUCUGUUUUGUAUUCUCAUUCUAUUUUAUUCCUCAAAUAACAGCAAAAGAGAAGGGGAAGCUGAAGCCCAGAUAAGUUCAGAAACUCACCCAGGAACACACAGUGUCCACAGCAUCAGAACUAAAAUCCAGGCCCCAUAAUUUUCAGUCAGGCAACUCUCAAAUACAUACUGUUGCUUUCACACCAUAAUCAAAUAUCCCAGUAUUUCAGACUUGAGCCUUACAAAGGAAACUUAGCUUCUUCAGUCCUAUUUCUUCUCUUACAAUGCCCACAAAUCACAGGUAAAGGAGCAGCCAAAAAGACACAAAAAUAUCUUCAUGUUUAGGCUGGCACAUUGUGGACCUUGGUGUCAUCUACCGGCCAAAUAUGGUAUUGCAUGUGACACCCCAGACUUCUGCUCCAGGGUCAUCCGAACUCUACUUUGCUCAAAGACAUAGAUAUUGUUAUGAUAUGUAAUUGUUAUGUUAACCCAAGUAACACUUAAAGUACAGAUGCUCCUUGACUUAUGAUGAUGUUACCUCCCAGAAAACCUAUCAUAUACUGAAAAUAUUGUAAGUUGAAUAUGCAUUUCAUACACCUAACCUACCAAACAUCAUAGCUUAGCCUAGCCUACCUUAAACAUACUCAGAACACUUACAUUAGCCUACAGUUCAGCAAAAUCCUCAAUACAAAGUCUAUUUUAUAAUAAAGUUUUGAAUAUCUCAUGUAAUUUACUGAAUACUGUACUGAAAGUGAAAAACAGAAUGGUUAUAUUGGUACUCAAAGUACAGUUUCUACUGAAUGUAUCUCUUUUGCAUUAUCAUAAAGUCAAAAAAUGGUCAAAGUCAGGAACCCCCUGCAAUUUACACAUAUUGACCCAUUUAAUCCUUAUACAACACUAUGAAGCAGAUAAUAUUAUUAUCCUUUUUCAGAGGUAAAAACUAAAACACAGAAUUUAUGUUACCACUUGAAAAUGUGCAAGACAGGAUUUGAACCCAGGAAAACUGGCUCCAGACUCCAUGCUCUUAACCUUGCGUUUUGGUAAAAAUAAUGCCUCCCGAGCCCAGGUGAAAAGCUUCAACUUCUCAACAAGCUUUGAGGAAAUCAUUUCAAUCUAAAACUAUAUCUAAAUGAUCCCCCAGCCGAAGGGGUUUCGCUUCCUUAAAAUAAGAGUUUUUCAAAUACUUCAAAGCAUAAGAAACAAUAGAACAAUAAAACUUUUGGAAAAAGUUGUGUUACAGU